AUCCCUUUCCUCUUCCUCUUCGACCGGGUCAUCUUCCCCCACUCCUCAACCCCGGUCAGUUCCGAAUCCCAACAUUCCUGAAUCGCAACUGGUGAAUCAGAUGCCCGGUCAGCUUUUUCAGGAGAGGGAUGCACCGGUGGAGGACGAACUGGCUCCCUAUGACCCUGAAAACGAGUCGUAUGAGGAAUGGGAGGACCGGCUGGAAGCGGCCGGUUAUUCUCCUCUCCCUACCAGCUACCCUUUAGACAUUCCUCCCCGGGUUUCUAAGAUUGCUCAGAAUAAGGCCCGUAGGAAUCUCCCGGCGGGGUAUGUUCUUGAGUACGACCCCAACUGGCCCAAUAUUAUUGAGCCUCACCGGGAUGAUAGGGUAGGUUUUCACAUCAUUUCUCUAGAGAGUGGCACCGUCUUCCCACUCCGUCCUCUCUUAGUAGAGUUAUGUCACUGUUUUAAGAUUCUCCCCGGGCAGAUUACGCCCAACGCACAUCGUUUCCUCAACGCUUUCGUGAAUAUCUGUGUAGAGCUAAAAAUCGAUCCUUCCCUUCGCUUGUUCCUUUUUUUGUUUGAAGUCCUCCCCGGUAAAUCUGGUUGUGACAGUUAUGUUUACUUCAGAGGUCGUAAUGGUCGUCAGUUCAUUUCUGACCUUCCACAAAGCAAUAGGCAGUGGAAGGAAAAGUUUGUUUUUAUAAAAUUCCCCACCACUUCUCCUUUGGCCGGCAUCGUGUGGAAUGACCACAUCCUGAAAUCCCAAUACACCGAGCCAGCUAGCGCUUCAGACUUGGAAGAAAGUUUGGAGAAACUUCUACAGGGGGACCCGUUCACCGGGCAAAUGUUCCAUUAUGGGGCCUGGAUUUGGUGGAUCCAACCGGGUGGUAAGGGUACCCCUCGGGCCCAUGAGGCAGCGGGGCACGGGGUACCCUCCCCGGGCAACACUGCCGAGGCCGGGGGCCCAAGCCACCCAGAUAUGAACUUCAGAGCUUACAACAUGCCGAAGACCACCGGUGGCUCUUCCUCCACUGCCGCCAAAACCGGACCGGGCCAACCAGAAACUGUCGAGAUCCAUGACGAGGAGGAAACUCCCCAGGCCGGGGGGGCUGAUCAAUCAGGGAAGGCGCCGGUGAACCCUUCUCCCAACAAAGGGAAGGGGAAGAAGAGGGUGAAGCACGUGGCCACCGCCCAUCCAUCCUCUAAGAAGAGAAGGGGAGAGCAUUCCCCGGUUAAAGAAUCAAUGGAAGAGCUUUGGGUCAAGGUGACCCUUAAGCUGAAAGAGAUGGGCGAGGUUGGGUCCGAAGCCCUGGAGCACCUCACCGGGGACUCCUCCUCCCGGUUGGCCCAACUUGAGGAGAAAUUGAAGAGAUCCGAGGCCCAUAACCGGGAACUCCAGUAUCUGACAGCCUGCCAGCUCGAGGAGAUGGAAAACCUUUCUAAGAUGGCCGGUGAGGCGAAGGCUGAGAUCCUCCAGCUGAAGGAGGAGAACCUGAAGCUCAUGGAGGACGCUGAGCUCAAGGAGAAGGAGUUUCCCGGCAAGGCCCGCCAAUGGAUGGAGGAGAACAUCGUGGAAGCUGCCCGGGCGCUCACCUCUUCUGAGGAGAGGACAAUGGAGGGCUUCAAGUUGCUGUACCGGGAAGAGCACGGAAAAGAAAUGAUUACCCAAGUCGGCUCUUAUGGUUUCAUGUCCGGGCAGAAGAGAGACCGGGAGGCCACGCAUGCAGUCUUGGCGGAACGCGACCCGGCCUUCUCCGCUGAAGCAUAUGGUCUGGCCCCCAUUCCCGAUGAAGAGCCUAAGCCCCCUUUCCCCCUGGAGUAAAUUCUCCCCGGCUGCGCCCGGUCACAUUUUGAAAACCUCACUUCAAAACUUGCUAUUUUCCCGGGGAUGCCCGGUGUAUUUGUAAACACUUAACUUUCUUAUUUUGUCUGAAUGCCAUGUUUAAUUUUCGUACCGGUUAAUCUUCCAUAUCUGCUUGCUCCAUGAUCGUUAUUCUUUAUUGCUUCUUAGAAUACCAUCAUAGUAGAAACUUUGACCAGUAGAUGAAUCAGGCUACUUCCUAAUU